GAUCCACCAACCACAUUUUCAGUUCUUUGUUUUUCCCUCCCUCCCUCAAUCUCUCUCUCUCUCUCUCUCUCUCUCUCUCUCUCUCUAUGGCAUGAGAGCUGUUUCGCCGUCGUCUCCACACAACCUUAAUUCAAUGCACGGAACUGCUCCGGCGACGGCGAGGAUGGAGCGGUCGAGUCAUGCCGUACACUACGCCCAGAGAUCCGACAGUUGGACCAUUCCUAACGGUGUUGGUUCAGCUCGAGCCGAUUGGCAGAGCUCGUGUGCGAUUCUCUCGAGCAAGGUCGUUUCUCAGGAUCAAUCAGAAUCAGCGCCGGAGGCGCCACCACUCUCCGGCAAAAUCGAUCCCGUUGUCACCGUGAAUGGCCACAACAGCUCCGCCGCACCUGUCAUCGGACUGAAUCUGGUCCCGAUCGAGAAUUCCGAUGCCAAAUCGCUGACCCCGUUGCAGAAGCCAUUGAGUAUUACGGAUCUGUCGCCAGCGCCGAUGCACGGAUCUAGGCUCCGCGUUGCGUACCAAGGCGUUCCUGGCGCCUAUUCAGAGGCCGCCGCCGGUAAGGCUUACCCAAACUGCGAACCGAUUCCUUGCGACCAAUUCGAGGUCGCGUUUCAGGCGGUGGAGCUUUGGAUCGCAGAUCGAGCGGUUUUACCGGUAGAAAACUCGCUCGGCGGUUCGAUCCACCGGAACUACGACCUCCUCCUCCGCCACCGUCUCCACAUCGUCGGCGAAGUCCAGCUCCCUGUCCAUCACUGCCUCAUGGCCCUCCCCGGCGUUCGCAAGGAGUUCCUCACGCGGGUGAUCUCCCACCCACAGGCACUCGCCCAGUGCGAGCACACGAUCACGAAGCUCGGCCUCAACGUGGCGCGUGAAGCCGUCGACGACACCGCCGGAGCCGCCGAGUUUAUCGCCGCCAAUAAACUCCGAGAUACCGCCGCGAUUGCGAGCGCACGCGCAGGCGAGAUCUACGGGCUCGAGAUCCUGGAGGACGGGAUCCAGGAUGACGCUAGUAACGUGACGCGCUUCGUGAUGCUGGCGCGUGAGCCGAUCAUACCAAGGACGGACCGGCCAUUCAAGACGAGCAUAGUCUUCGCGCACGAGAGAGGGACGAGUGUUCUGUUCAAGGUGCUUUCUGCGUUUGCGUUUAGGAACAUAAGCUUGACGAAGAUCGAAUCGCGGCCGAAUCACAACCGCCCGAUUAGGCUGGUGGACGACGUGAACGUGGGGACGGCGAAACACUUCGAGUACAUGUUCUACAUCGACUUCGAGGCUUCAAUGGCGGAGACGCGUGCUCAGAACGCGCUUGCUGAGGUUCAAGAGUUCACGUCCUUCUUGCGGGUUCUUGGGAGUUAUCCCAUGGACAUGACUCCUUGGUCACCAUCAUCAUCGUAAGACAUCGUGCUAAGACGCACAGUAAUUGAGAUUCAAAUUUGGAGAAGGAAAAUUAAAAUUUAUUUAUCCUAUAUUAAAAGCCUUGGAUCCUCAGUUUGAUUUAAUUUAUAAUUUAUUUUGUUGUGGUUUUUAA